UUGCUCAAUGAUCUGCCUGCCCCGUUGCUCAGAGGACAUCACUAUCGGGAAAGCCUUAGCUCAUUGGAGGGGCUCCUCCCCAAGGGAUUCUGGGGGCCCUAGUUCUGAUCUGGGCCUUUACCUGAUGUGUGGGAUUAGGAGCGAGCUCUGGAGGUCUCUGGCCCCUCCUGAGGACCAUGCCGCAGCCCCACUGACCCAGGAGUAGGAGCCGAAGGGCAGGGCACCUGGAAUGGGCUGUGUGUUCUGCAAGAAGUCGGAGCCGGGGCUCAAGGACGAUGUUGGCCUGGAAGGGGAAUUCAGGGGCAGUGGGGCUGCGGACCGCUAUGGCCCUGACCCUACUCAGGCCCGGGGCGUGUCCUCCUUUGCCCAUAUCCCCAACUACAACAACUUUCCCACUCAGUCCACCAACCCCACCUUCCUCGAUGGGGGCACCAUCAGGGGCAUCUCAGGGACUGGGGUGACCCUGUUCAUCGCCCUGUAUGACUAUGAGGCCCGGACAGAGGAUGACCUCACCUUCACCAAGGGUGAGAAGUUCCACAUCCUGAACAACACUGAGGGUGACUGGUGGGAAGCUCGGUCUCUCAGCUCCGGACGAACUGGCUAUAUUCCCAGCAACUAUGUGGCCCCUGUGGACUCUAUCCAGGCUGAAGAGUGGUACUUUGGAAAGAUCGGGAGGAAGGAUGCUGAGAGGCAGCUGCUCUCCCCUGGGAACCCCCGGGGGGCCUUUCUUAUUCGUGAGAGUGAGACUACCAAAGGUGCCUACUCCCUGUCCAUCCGGGAUUGGGACCAGACCAGAGGCGACCAUGUGAAGCAUUACAAAAUUCGCAAACUGGACACGGGCGGCUACUACAUCACCACACGGGCCCAGUUCCACUCGGUGCAGGAGCUGGUACAGCAUUACAUGGAGGUGAACGACGGGCUCUGCCACCUGCUCUCGGUGGCCUGCACCACCAUGAAGCCGCAGACAAUGGGCCUGGCCAAGGAUGCUUGGGAGAUUAGCCGCAGCUCCAUCGCGCUCGAGCGCCGGCUGGGCACCGGCUGCUUCGGGGACGUGUGGCUGGGCAUGUGGAACGGCAGCACGAAGGUGGCGGUGAAGACGCUGAAGCCGGGAACCAUGUCCCCGAAGGCCUUCCUGGCGGAGGCGCAGAUCAUGAAGCUGCUGCGGCACGACAAGCUGGUGCAGCUGUACGCCGUGGUGUCGGAGGAGCCCAUCUACAUCGUGACCGAGUUCAUGUGCCACGGUAGCUUGCUGGAGUUCCUCAAGGACCGGAAAGGCCAGGAUUUGACACUGCCCCAGUUGGUGGAUAUGGCAGCCCAGGUAGCUGAGGGCAUGGCCUACAUGGAACGUAUGAACUACAUCCACCGGGACCUGAGAGCAGCCAACAUCCUUGUUGGGGAACGACUGGUGUGCAAGAUAGCUGACUUCGGGCUGGCUCGUCUCAUUGAGGAUGAUGAGUACAAUCCCCAGCAAGGGGCCAAGUUCCCCAUCAAGUGGACAGCCCCGGAGGCUGCUCUCUUUGGCAAAUUCACCAUCAAGUCAGAUGUGUGGUCCUUUGGGAUUCUGCUCACUGAGCUCAUCAGCAAGGGCCGAGUCCCCUAUCCAGGCAUGAAUAACCGGGAAGUGUUGGAACAGGUGGAGCAUGGCUACCACAUGCCAUGCCCCCCAGGCUGCCCAGCAUCCCUAUAUGAAGCCAUGGAGCAGACCUGGCGUAUGGACCCAGAGGAGAGGCCUACCUUCGAGUACCUGCAGUCCUUCCUUGAAGACUACUUCACUUCUACAGAACCCCAGUACCAGCCUGGGGAUCAGACAUAGCCUAUUUGGUCAUCAACCACCUUUCUGGGGUACCCACCAAUCCCCCUUCCAAUCCCCAGGGCUCUGAUCCCAAAGCUCCCAGGCUUAGAACCCUUUAGGGUCCUAGCAUUUCAGAGCAACCUGCUUGCCCCUCUAGGGCAACAAUCCUCUCAUUUUAAAGAUGGGGCCAGUAGAGGCUUAGAGAUCAUCCCUCACUCUGGCUCCAAGCACUAUUUCUCCUCUUCCCACUUAGGCGCCUACCUCUAGAUUCUCUUCCCACCUCUCCCUCAAAAGAAAUGCUCAGACCUUGUCUAGUUAUUUAUAAAACUGUAUAUCCUUUCCCUCACUUACCUCCUAUCUCUGCUUUUUUACCCUAUCCAUCCCACUCUGAAUUUACCUCCUACUCAAUUCUCUUGUGUCUGUUAAUUGCAAGACAGGGAAAGUUUUUGCUGGAUCCCUUUCCUGCUGGGUGGACACUGUAGUCCAGGACUGAGGUCCAAGCCCAGGGUGAGGGAAGGCUUGCUGAGGGCUCACCAUCUCUCUGAAUCAUGUGUGUGUUUAUUGCUUUUUGUAAAUAAGAAAAGUGACAAUACGAAUCCUUGAGCCAUAAAAAUCCCUUCUGUUAGGGGAAAUGGUGGCCAGAGGAAGGGGAGUGUGACUGCUUUGGCUGCUGGGAGGAGGGAGAGGUAAGAGAGUACCCUAAUGCCUACUGAACAGAGGGAACUCAAAGUGUGUUUUGGGAUACUCAGAAGUCCUGAUGCUCAUCCCCAUGUGAGUUUAGGACAAGCUGAGAGAUGGAUACAGAAGAUAGGCAGGCAGAGAUCAAAAUGUCCCCCUUCAUUACUAAAGUGGCUUUCAAUCUAUGUGCAGUGGGUCUGCUAAUUCUCUACUUGAUUUCAGCAGAUAUACCAUUCAUCACAGGCAGAAGAGCAUAACCUGUUAGACCUCUUUUGACAGGGACAGUGGGGAAGACCACAGAGGACUCUCUGCAGCUCCUCAAAAAAAGACAGAAGGGAAGGGAAAGUAGAGGUCUGAGAGCUAGUCUACCUCAUUGGAUUUCACUCCAGGCAACUCUGCUCCCUAAGGGGCUUUGGAGAGGGUGGAAGGCACUUUCGUUGGUCACAAGGACUGGGGGCUCCUACGGGCAUGUCGUGGGCAGGGAUUGGGGAUACUAAAUAACCUGCCAUGCACCUGUGCAAUGAAGAAUAUUCCUGUGCCCUUGCUGCCGCUUUGAGAGACUCUGGCAGCUGAUGUGCUUCCAAGCGGAAACAAAAGUAACGGAAUAAGGGUUCCCACCUCUCCCAUCAGGAAAUCACAGACCCCUGACUUCCUCAGGGAAUGGACUGGGGGAGGAUGGUGGGGAAGAGUCUGGGAGCUAGGAAUCACUGCUGCAACUGGCCAACAGUUACGAAACAUAACUCUGGGAAGGGCCCUUUGGUAGGUAGGACCCCAGGAAAACAAACUCCAACAAGACCUAUCUGUCCCAGAGGAGUCCACAACCAGGCUGGGGAGAAAUAGUAAUAAUAACUCACUUGUUAAUUGUCUGCUGCAUGCCAGAUGUGUUUACAUCCAUCUUUUCAUUUAAUCCUGAGUCUGGUUCUAUGUCCAGCCCCAAUUUACAGAUGAGGAAACUGAGGCUCAGGGGUUACGUGAUGUAUCAAGGUCAGCCGGGUGCAUGUGACAGAGCUGGGACUUGAACCCAGGUCUCACACCAAAGACCAUGAUCUUUCUAGACUUCAGUCUUUGAAGGGAUCUUAUCUGCCCCACGUAGAUAUUUGGAAGAUCUUUCUCCCUCUAGAUAUUGGUAGAAAGGUUCCCAGAAAUCCCUCCAAGUUGAGGAUCCUAAGGAAAGGAGACAAGGUGACCAAUGCAGAUGGAGUGUCCUGCGCUGAGCCCUGUGUUGGAGACUGCUGCAUGGGAGCAGUAAGAUGAAGAGGCCAAUUGGCUGCUGAGAGAGGUGGUCAGAGGGGUGGGAGCCCUGUACAUUUGUGCUCUCUACACACUUGAACUCAGGGGCCAUGGCUUUCUGAGAGCCUGUUUCUGGCUGACUAAACUCACAAGAGCCUGACACAGAAGCCAGAGGCCAGUGUGUCCGCUUGCCAUGGAGUAAACAGAUAACUGCACAGCUCUGGAGCUGCAGUGCCUGGUGUGAAACCUGCCUCCACCAUUCACUUGUGAGUGAGGCAAAUUAUUAAUCUCUCCAAGCCUCAAUUUCCUCCUCUGUGAAAGGACAAUAAAAUGUUCAACUCAUGUUCA